GAGGCGCGGUCUCUCGAGCUCAUGGCGGGUUUGUUGCGCGCGCCCGGCCGGAUAAUGCGGCUUCCGAGUAGCAAACUUUGGUUUCUCUUGCCUCGCGGCCUCGGGGUUUGGGGCCCCGGGGAGGGGACCGCGAAGGUCAUGCUGGGGCGGCUCCGCGCGCCGCCAGAGGAGGCGUGGCGGGCCUCGGGGCUCGUUGGCAGCUGCCUGCGGUGCCGGCUCCUCAGCACGGCGAGGCAGCCCCCGCCCGGGUCGUCAGGACUGGAGCCGAAGGGCGGCGGAGACCCCACGCGCCCCUCGCAGCCCCGGCCUGUUUCCUGGAAGUCCUUAGCCAUCACAUUUGCUAUUGGAGGAGUUUUACUGGCUGGGAUGAAGUACUUCAAGAAAGAAAAGACAGAGAAGCUGGAGAAGGAACGGCAGCGAAGCAUCGGAAAGCCUUUACUUGGGGGCCCAUUUUCCCUCACAACUCAUACUGGCGAGCCCAAAACUGAUAAGGACUACCUCGGUCAAUGGGUAUUGAUUUAUUUUGGUUUCACUCAUUGCCCUGAUAUCUGUCCAGAAGAACUAGAAAAAAUGAUUCAAGUUGUGGAUGAAAUAGAUAGUAUUCCAACUCUGCCAGAUUUAACUCCACUUUUCAUCACUAUUGACCCGGAGAGGGACACAAAAGAAGCCAUCGCAAAUUAUGUAAAAGAAUUUUCUCCCAAACUGAUUGGCUUAACUGGCACAAAAGAAGAGAUCGAUCAAGUGGCCAGAGCAUUCAGAGUGUAUUACAGCCCUGGCCCCAAGGAUGAAGACGAGGACUACAUAGUGGAUCAUACAAUCAUAAUGUACUUGAUUGGACCAGAUGGUGAGUUUCUAGAUUAUUUUGGCCAGAACAAGAAGAAUGCAGAAAUAGCUGCUUUGAUUGCUGCGCACAUGAGGGAACACAGGAAAAAGAGCUAGCCAAAGCAGCGCGGCCGUGCGCUCUUCUGCUAAAGAGGAAGGAAGCUUUGUCUCCCGUAGGGGCUGAUACUUAUAUGUGUAUACAUGCAACCUACAGAAUGGCCUUCGUACCAGGAGAACACCUAAAUUUGGGGCAGGGCAUGCUACUCUUGGGUUCAGCAAGGAUGGAUUCUUAACCAGAAGUCUCCCAAAUGGUCGCCUUGAGACCAGAGGACCAAGUUGCCGUGAAGCCAGCGGAAUGGACCUCAGGGAAGGACACAGCUGGAGAAGACGCAGCCGUGGGGUCUCCACGUGAGCAGAGCCCUCUGAUCAGCAUGGCUGUCCCUCCAGUGUCUUGGACUCUUGCUCUGGCAGGUUGUAGUGAAUUUCCAGGGAGAGCGUAACUUCCAUAGUGACCUUGCUUUCCUCUUUGAGUUCUUGGUGGCUGAUAACAAUCAAAUUAGGCUCUCUACAUUCACAGUUAACCUUUAUGCUUGAAAGCAUUAGUGUAGUCUUGCUUGUUAAUGAAGACCACUGUCAGGUUUGCAUUGUGUUCCCCUGUCAGCAGGUGCUGAUUUUAUUAAUGUAGAGAAAAGCUGUUGUUUGGGGCAAACCAUUAGAUCAGAUUCCCUAGGGACCUUUCAUGUGAUUUUUAGCUGAACGAUGUGCCAGGCUUUCAGGGACCUGCCAAAUGGGUGUAAGAGGAUACAGACCAUGAGUGUGUACAGAGUACCCUCCUGCCUGUACCGGAUUGCACUUGUCUGAAAUAAAGGUGUGCUUUUGCAGCUUGGACAACCGUGGCCUUUCUUGUGGGUGCAGAGAUGGCAGCUUAUAGCUCUCUGGGCUGAGACCCCCAGACUCGAGGGGGCAGGUAGGUGGGUGCUUGUUAGAGUGCAGGUUCCCAGGCCCAGGGCUGGGUUCACUGAGCUGAGGAAGGAUGCAAAGACCUGCGUUCACACCUGCCACCCCAGGUGCCUCUGAUGCGGUGGCUGGGGGACUGGGGCCUUGAGAGACUGUUUUGAGGGUGGAGGGGGGCAGGUUUGCUUCUGGGCGAGUUAGGUGCGUCAUCUUCUGGUGUAUCCAUCCACAAAGUGCUAGGCAGACAGCCAUUCAGGAAGAUGCUGGCUUUUGUUUCUGAAACAAAAACUACUCAAAACUUCCCUGCUGUCUGGACUUGACCAUUUAUCACCAUUCUCCACCUGAAACUGCUGCAAAGCCUCUGAAAGUCUCAACAGACCGUAACAGGUGUGGCGCCUCAUCAGACAUGGGCUUUCCUUGCACAUCAGUUCUGUGCUCUGUGCACGUGGCAUGGCGCUGUCUUUUGGUUUUUAAAUUCUCAAUGUUAAAACCUACUAUAGAUAUUUAUGUCAAGGCAUGUGAAAAAGAAAAGUCAUAAACUCUAUAGUGGUUAUGGGCCGAACUUUCCCCCAGAUUCAUGUGUUUGUUGAAGUCCUAACCCAAUGGAGGCAGUCUCUAAAAGGGUGAUGAAGUUAAAAUGAGGCCUUUAGGGAAGGCCCUCAUCCAACAUGCCUGGUGUUCUUAUGAGAAGAUAUUGGGACACAGGCACAGAGGAGACCAUGUGAAGACACAGAGAGGCCUCCAGAAACAAGCCCUGCCGACCCAUUGAUCUGGGACUUCUAGCCGCCAGAACUGCUGAGACAAUAAACAUCUGUGGUUCAAGCCCCGGUGCUGUGGUACUUUGUGAAAGCGCCCUAGUGAACUCAUACAGUGCCAUUCUCCUUUUAGGUUCCCUUACUAAAAAAAUACCAAGAUUUAGUUUAUAUAAACUUCAACUCAGUAGUUGGUUUGGAAUGACUUUCCCAGGAACCUUGUCAAGAACGUGAGGAACUUAAUAAAAGACUACUCUCAUGUAACAAAGAUCUUAAGUAUCUAAAAUGCCAGACGUUUGAAAAGAUGGUCUGUUUUAAGCCACAGAACAUUUGUGUGGAUCACUUGGCAGCAGCUUGUGCCGGAGAAAAUUCAGUCUUCAUUCUCAGCUGUUGCAGGUUAGAGCUUGUGUCAUGAUCCAGGAAAGGAACAGAAGCUUUUGAAGAAACUUUUAUUUGCUCUUCAUUCCAGUGUCAAGUUUAGAGGCUUAGAAGCAGGGAAAGGCACCUCAGAGAUGACAAUCCAAAUCUCUCUACUCAUGAGCGGACAAUCCCAGAGAUUAAGGUGCUGGCUUCACUCCUGAAUCUAGAUUAGAACUUGGGUCCCAAUAUCUAGUCAGGUCCCUGCCUGUCCCAGUGCUGUGGGGCACUCAUGGGGACCUUGUGAACCCAGACAAAACGGGGGCUCUGUGCACCCAUGGGGCAGCCUUUCCAUUGUGAAUCUCGGGAAAUUAAAAUCAAGGCUGCCUCUCAGCAAAGUGCCACUUGCAGACCUUGACCUGGAUGGGCUAUGGUGUUUGUGCUGGACUGUUCAGCGGAAUUAAUAUUCUAAGAAAUGGCAUUUAUUCGAAAAUUAUAAGAAUGCUGUCCAUGCAGCAGGCCCGGAAGUACUUUCUGCAUCUGGCUGUCCGUGAGGUAGCUAAUACCUCAGGUGUAAGAGCCGAGACUCACUGAAUACCGGUAGAAAGCCCGUGUGGGGUGGACAGCUAAUGGGAACCCAGUAAAUGAUUUGAAAUUGUGAAUGCAUCUGCAUGAGAG